CCUCCCUUGACGGGCGCUGCUCCCUCCCCGCAGCUCCACCCUUCCAGUCGGAGGCCUUUCUGCAGACCCAUGUUGCUAGCAACGGGUCCAAGGCGCUGCCCCUACUGGAGCAGCUGCUGCAGACGCAGGGCUUCUUCGUGCUGUUGGACGAGUACGGCAGUACGGCACCGUACGAGUGGUAUCGUACGGCAUGUUCAGCGUUGAGGUCUGAUCUCAUCGCGUUGGGUGCUAGUGCUGGCGGUGGUGCUGCUGCCGGUGUUAUUCCCGGUGCGCCUGGGGAGCCACUGACCACCACCACCACCACCAACAACAACAACCGGAACCCCGCGGGAGGUUACGGCGCCGCUGCUGUGGGGAGCCUGGAGCGGCCCGUCGACCCGACUGCUGCUGCUGCUAGUACUGCGGAGGAGGAGGAAGGGGAGGAGGGGGAAGCAGACCCUCGGGAUCUGCCACAUCCUGCCACCACCAGCACCACCCCCGUCAUCAUCAUAGGCAAACCCGCACCCGCAGCCGCAGCCGUGCUCGACCCAACAACCGCAGGGGAGUCCUCAACGCGGGUCGGUCUCACAACCGCCGCUUCCAGUAUCGCCUUGCCAUGCUCCUCCUCCUCCUCCUCUCGCGUGUUCUACGUGCGGCCCUGCCCGCUGCUGUCGCUGCUGCAGCAACAACAACACAGGAAGCCGCCGGUGUAUAAGAGCUUCCCCGCGCUGCAUGUGAGUGACCAGCGGCCCCACGGCGGCCCUUUCCUCCGCGCUGCACCCCCGCACUGCCCCUCCAAUGCUGCCACCGCUGCCGCCGCCAGCACCUGCAGCACCACCGCUGGUGCCAGCAGCAGCAGCAGCACCCCGCAUGGCUGGCAGUGGUACGUGCUGUGCCGGAGCAGCAGCAGCAGCGGCCGUGCUGGGGGAGAGGCGUGCGCCACCGCCCCUGGGGAAGGGGAGGGACAGGGAGGAGCAGGAGGAGCAGUGGUAGCAGCAGGGGCCGUAGGAGGGGGUGGAGCGGGCGCUCUGGGUGUUGGCGACGGUGAAGGAGAAGGCCGGCCCAGUGCAGUUAGCAGCAGCAAGAGAAAUGUUCGCAGCAGCAGCAACAACGGAGGCGAAGGUGGUGGUGGUGGUGGCGGUACGGCAUGGCGGCGGCUGACUGCGGGUGUGCGCUCCCUGAGCGGCAGCGUGGGAGAGGAGCUGGCCGCAGCGCUCACCCCCUCCUCACUCACCGAGCCCGCCAAGACCCGACAGCGCAACCCCUCCUGCAGUGGGCCCACCCCCAACCCCGGGACAUCCGCAACCGCCGGCAGCACCAUCACGCUGGCAGCAGCCGGCAGCAGCAGCAGCAGCAGCGGCGUCAGCUCCCUUGUCGCACCCGCCAAACCCUCCCUUUCUCCCUUCACCUCCAAACCCGCGCGGCCAUCGGCAAGAGUAGAAGCAGCGGCGGCAACACCACCACUGUCAUCAAGGACGGCGCGUGCGGCAACAGGUGCUGGGCCGGGGACUGCUGAGGGAGGGGGAGCCGCUCCCAGAGACAACUACUGGCUGGGAGGCGGCGUGCAGCGCGCAAGGAGGGGCCAGCAGCAGUACGAG